AUAACAUCUUUUUCACUUUGUCCUCACCUCGAUGGCCGCGUCGCCGCUGGGAGACGAUGUCUUCCAACAGCUUCGCAAACCCAUUGACCCCAAAGUGCUGGAACAGCGCGAGAAGGAGAUCCAGGACCGCGUGAAUGCGUCCUAUGAAAAGGCCGAACAGCGCCAACAUGAGCUGAUCUCCCUCAACUCCACGGCGCCGGUGACCAUCUCCUCGGUCAAAGUGCUGCACGCGACCCACACGCGCCACGGCUUUCUCGAGCGCAUCUUCGACCCUCUUCUCACCAAGAACCGCAAGGAUGAAGCAUACUACACUCUCCGCGAAGCCCUCACCGAAGUCUCCCACGCAGUGGACAAGCUCAACCGUCUCGACAUCUUCCAAGCACCAAUCUCCACCUACAUCGACAAAGCCGAGCCGACCGACCCGAGCACCACACCGACCGACUAUGCCGUAUUCGUGACAGCAAAAGAGAGGGGGCGAUAUACCAUCAAGACCGGCACCGAAGCCGGCACAGCAGAAGGGAGCGCUUACGUCAACGCCGUACUGCGCAACAUAUUCGGUGGAGGCGAGCGAUUAAACGGACAUGCGAGCUUGGGCACACGAACGCGAGAGACCUACAGCGCUACAUUUGACACACCCAUUCUCUCCAAUCCUGACUUGCGUCUCGAGUUUGGAGGAUUGAAGUCCAGUACCAUCAAACCAUGGGCAUCACACGAGGAAGUUCUACGAGGUGGGCAGACGAAGCUUUUGUGGCGGACAUCACCAUUCACCAAUCAGGAAUUUGGCUACAGUGGUUUCUGGAGACAAGUCACAAGCCUGGCAGAGAAGGCUUCACCCACAAUCCGUGGAGAUGCGGGUGAUAGCUUCAAGUCCAGCUUGUCGCAUACUCUCACAUACGACUCGCGGGAUGCGCCCAUGCUGCCCUCGAGAGGUGUACUAUUCAAAGCAGUGUCUGAGCUCGCGGGCGUGGGACCACUGGCUGGUGACGUUGCGUUUGCGAAAUACGAAGUGGAGAGUCAAGCUGCAGUACCUAUUCCUAUACCUGGUGUGAAAGGCGACAGUGGGGUUUCUUUCACUGCCGGCCUUCGUGGAGGAUUCCUAGCUCCUCUGCCUCUCUCUGGGCAGAAUGGGACAAGUCCAAGCAGAAUCAACGACCGCUUUCAGCUGGGUGGACCCACAGAUGUACGAGGCUUCCGACUCUCUGGCCUUGGACCUCGAGACGGUCCAGAUGCUGUAGGAGGAGACGUAUAUGCUGCAGGAGGCGCCUCUCUUCUCUUCCCUCUACCUCGAGUAGGCAAGGACACGCCGCUCAGACUCCAAGCUUUCGUCAAUGGAGGACGAUUACUAGCUUUUCAAGAUACCAGAACCGGCGGCAGGGAUGAGAAGCAAGCCUUGACUGUUGGCGAUGUGGGGAGCAGUUUGGUCAAAACGGUCGGUGACCUGGGCAAAAGCCUGCCCAGUGCUGCAGCAGGUGUGGGACUGGUGUAUGCACACCCCGCGGCAAGAGUCGAAGUGAAUUUUAGCUUACCAUUGAUCAUACGGAAAGGCGAAGAAGGAAGAAAGGGGUUGAGCUUUGGUAUUGGACUAAGCUUCUUGUAGAACCACGAUCACGGACGCGGGAUCAUAGACACAAUGUACAGUUGCGAACUCUUCUCAGUCCUAUCAAAAGCCUCGACAUGCAGCGUCCCGAAAGUCUUGACCGUUGACGAUCAUGCCAGAG